UGUUGGAUGCUUUCUUAGGAUUCCCUGCGAGAUUCCCUGGGAAAAUGAUAAAGGUUAACGGCAGUGGGUCUGAAAACCUUCCUGGCCACUGUAAAACACCAGAGGUGAAGCAGGUACUGGGCAUCAGCAAAGAGGCUACACUGCUCCUGACUGGCUCCCUUAUGACCACAGUCAUCCCCAGCAUCUAUGUCCUGGUGUUCAUCGCCAGCGUCCCUCUCAACGCCGCCGCCAUCUUUAUGUUCUCAUUCAGAGUUCGACCCAAAAAGCCGGCAGCCAUCUACAUGCUGAACCUGGCCACAGCCGACCUACUAUUUGUGCUGCUGCUCCCCUUCAAGGCGUCAUACCACUUCAACGGCAAUGACUGGGUGUACGGACCGGCUAUGUGCCGCAUGGUCACCUUCGCCUUCUACUGCAACAUGUAUGGCUCAGUCCUGCUGAUGAUGAGCAUCAGCGUGGAUCGCUUCCUGGCUGUGGUCUACCCCAUCAGAUCGCUGGCCUGGCGCUGCCAGCGGAACGCAGUGGCCGUGUGCUGUGCCAUGUGGCUGCUGGCUGUUGCUGGGGUGAUGCCCAUCCUCCUGUCAGAGCAGACCAUGUGCCUGCCCGAACUGGGCAUCACCACCUGCCAUGACGUGCUGGAUGUCAGGCAGCUCCGGGGCUACUACCUCUACUUCUUCCCCGCCUUCUCCUGUGUGUUCUUCUUCAUCCCCCUCAUCGUCACCACCGCCUGCUACGUGAGCAUCAUCCGGGUCCUGCUUCGCACCAGUGAGUCAAAACGCUCCAAGAAGACCCGGGCCAUAGUCACGGCAGUCAUGGUGCUGACGGUCUUUGUGGUCUGCUUCACCCCAUCCAACAUCCUCCUGCUGACUCACUAUGCACAGUUUUCCCACCAGCACAGCGACAGCUCCUACGCUGCUUACCUGGUCUCCGUGUGCAUUGGGAGUGUGAACUGCUGCCUGGAUCCAGUCAUCUACUACUUCGGCUCAUCUCAGUGCCGGAAGCAGAUGGCCCAGCUCCGCUGCCGUCCAGCCCCUCCAGGGAGUUCAUCGCAAAAAACUUCAGAGACCAGCCAGUCGGAGACCUUCCAGGGUAGCCUGGAGAAGCGCUGCGAGUCGACCACAGAAGACUAAUAUGAAAAGUGAUAAUAUGCACGUCUUUUAUUAUGAUAUUUCUACACUUAUGCAUGUACAAUGCAUGUAUUAAUGAUAUAGAUAAAUGCUAUGCUAAAAUGACUGCAUAUAGCAGUCUCAUCUAGCCAUAAAAUAGGUUUCCUCUAUAUUAGUCUUAUGUUUUGUCUUAUGCGUAUUGAAAAUAAUGCACACUGAAUACUUGCAUAAUAAUACAUGUUUAUUCAAAUAAUGUCUAAUACAUUUACCUUUCAGUACUCAACUGUACUUUUACAGUACAGUUUAAAAAUGUUUUGUAUUGUGUUGCCAUAGAAAAUAGACAGAGACUCAGAGUGUCUGUGUAAGGACUGUUUAAGGUUCAUUCAGCUGUGUCCCUCCCACCACAGAUGCAGCUGAUAGCAGUGAGACAGCAGCUUAGUACAUUUGUAAGUAUUGCCAUAGGUUAAGUACAGUACUGUGAAGAAGUUCUUUCCCCCUUCAUGAUUUCCUCUAUUAUUGCAUAUUUGUCACACUGAAAGGUUUCAGAUCUGUGGAAUGUAAAAUUUCAAAAAAUAACCUUAGUAAACGGAAAACACUUAAAAAAAUAUAUUUCAUAUUUAUUUAUAUAUCUAUAUUUUUUUAUUUUUUCAUUUAUUUAAUGAAAAAAGUUAUCAGACUCCCAUAUCAAAAGUAAUUUCCCCUUAAACCUAAUAACUGGUUGCACCAGCUUUAGCAGCAAUAAUGGCAACCAAAACGCUUCCUUUGAUUUGAUAUCAGUUUUUCACAUUGCUGUGGAAGAAUUUUAGCCUACUCUUCUUUGCAGAACUGCUUUAUUAAGACUAAGUGGCAGAGGAUGAACUACUGUUUUAGAAUCUCUGUUGGGUUCAAGUCAGGACUUUGACUGGGCCACUCCAAUACUUUAAUUUUGUUUCUUUUCAGCCAUUCAGAUGUGCAUUUUCUUUUGUGUUUUGGAUCACUGUCUUGCUGUGUAAUCCAGUUAUGCUUCAGCUUCAGUUCAUGGACAAAUGACCGGACAUUUAAAAAAAAAAAAAAAAGGUUCUGAUACAGAUCAGAAAUCAUGGUUCCGUCCAUAAUGGACAAGUUAUACUGAUCCUGAGGCAGCAAAGCAUCCCCACACCAUCAGACUACCACCACCAUGUUUGACUGUUGGUAUGAUGUUUGUACCGUACUGUCAAGGGCUGUAUUAGCUUCACAGCAGAUAUAAUGGGGCCCAUGUUGUCUAAACAGUUCCACUUUUGACUCACCUGUCCACAGAACAUUAUCCCAAAAGGCUUGGGGAUCAUCCAGGUACUUUCUUUUUGCAAAUGUGAGACAAAUGAGACACUGUUUCUCUUUGUUAGCAGUGGUUUCUGCCCUGCUGUUCUCCCAUGAAUCUCUUUUUUUGUCCAGUCUGUUCCUUACUGUGGAGU